AAUUGACCGAAUCGAGGCGACGUCGCCACUCAAGUUUCAAACCUUUGCACUUGAGACGGCUUAAGAAUCGUUGAAGAAAUUGAAAAACUUUUCGAGAACUAAGCUAUGUCUGUGGAGGCAGAACCUGGUUUGGGUGAGAAGGAAACUGGGAAACCCCCUUCCCCAAAACCGGAUACCGAGGGUUCGUCGUCACCCACAGGGAGUAAACAAGUCGAAACUGCGGAUUCGAAACCUGAAACAUCAGCGCCCACUACCGAUGGAGCCAACGUCAAUCCAGCCACCACUAGUGGCGCUGCGAACUUCGGUUCGAAACGUAGAAGAGUGGGAGGGGCGGCUGGUGGUCAAGCCCACCGACGUGUGACGUCACAACAAGCCCAGUCAACCGCGACGCCGGGAGGAGGAAAGAAGAACGUCGUGUUAUCUGGUGACGCUAUGAAAGAAAUGGCGAGGCAAGCUAAGGCGAUGCGUGAAGAUAGAAGGGCGGGGUUGGAUGCGAGGCAUAAGUGGAUUAUAUCAAAGGUAGCGGAAGCAAUGCGCGUUGAAGACGUGAUGGUUGAAGAACAAAUUAUCAGCGAUGAAAGAUUCGAACUCAUGGAUUCUUUCUUUGCGCCCGACGGGUCCAAGAAACUCAUGUUCUUUUAUCAGGAGAGCCAAUCCAACCGUGAGACGUCAUACAGCAGAGCCGACAUGGCGAGCGUUCAUCCAAACGCGGUUGCGAAGGAAAAACUUUUUUUAACGACUGGAGAUUUAGAACCUUUGACCGGUAUCUGCUAUUUCUUCGUGCGCACGAUCACCAAGGCGAUAACAACAUCUAACUUGGCCAAUGAAGUGAACUUUGGGGUGAUUGACGCAUCUGGAGGUAACUUACUCAAAGGAAUUGAGGAUUUGUUGUCAAAAGUAAUGGUUCCUGCGCUCAAGGCUCAGGAUAAAUGGGGACAACUGACAGCUGAUGGCUCAAGUAACCAACAACAGAUUGAUGAUUUCAUCGAAUCCAUCGAGAAGUUUGUCGUCACAUUAUCUACAGCUCGCUCCAACAUGGAGGGAAAGUUCGAGUUGGAGGACGUGGAUAUUGGGUACAACCUCGAUCAUGUGAGGGGACCCCAGGAUUAUGCGCAAGUUGUUGGGUCAAACUUGGAUAUGGUGGAGAAACUGGAAGGUGUUUUGAAUGGAUGGUGCAAACAAAUUGACCAGGUCCUCGCGGAGAGCGAACAGAUGCGAAAAGAGGCGGACGACAUCGGCCCCGCUGCCGAGCUGGAUCAUUGGAAACAACGGAUGACAAAGUUUAGUUCGUUGCUUGAUGAAAUUAAAACGCAACGAGUGCGGACAGUGAUAGGAAUCCUGCAUGUUGCGAAAUCACGAACGCUCCGUGUGUGGAAGACACUGGAUUCAAGGAUCACUGACGCCGCUAACGAGGCUAAGGACAACGUCAAGUAUCUUUAUACACUCGAUAAAUUCUUUGGCCCUCUGUCCAAGUGUACACCACAGGGUAUGAUUGAAGUUCUUCCUGGUUUAAUGAACAGCAUCCGAAUGAUUCACAGCAUCUCACAAUUCUACAACACCUCCGAACGCAUGACGUCAUUGUUCGUCAAGGUAACCAACCAAAUGAUCACGACAUGUAAGCAUUAUAUAAUGGGGGGCAAGGAGAGAGUGUGGGAUAUAGAACGAGGCUUGUUGUUGGAAAGGAUCGAGAAUUGUCGCAAACUUAACGAAGAAUAUCAACGAGCUUUUCACAGGACCAAGGCAAAGUUGAAGGAGAAUCCCAAGGAGCGACAAUUCGAGUUCAGCGAGAACUAUAUAUUUGGGAAGUUUGAUACUUUUUGUACACGCUUGCGCAAAGUAUGGGAGAUGGUGUCAACUAUGAAACAAUUUGCGGCGCUUAAAGAUAUUCGGAUGGACGGGAUCGACGCGCUUUAUAUCAAGUACCAGAACAUGGUCGCAAACGCUGAGAAGAAAAAAUACGACGUGUUGGAUCACAGGAAAGCAGAGUUCGAGGGCGAUUACCUUGAGUUUCGAACACAAGUUGACGCACUGCAGUUGUCGAUGCAAACGUACAUGGACUCGUGGUUUGAGAAAUCGCUCAGCACCGAAUAUUUGUUGCAACUUUUAUCAAAGUUUGAAGCCAUCAGUGGAUCAGCCUUGGAUAUCACGGAGAAAUAUUCGUUUCUACUCGGUAAAUAUUCCAAGGACCUUGAUAUUGUAAAGAAAGCCUACCAGAAGUUUAAACAAGACCCUCCAAUUGCAAGAAAUAUGCCCCCUAUAUCAGGCAAAAUAGCAUGGGCUCGUCAACUUUAUCGCAAGAUAUCUCUCCCGAUGGAUUUCUUCCAAGAAAAAGAAGAAGUUUUGAAAACUCCUGAAGGGAAGAAGAUUGUGAGGAGUUUCAAUAAGUUGGCAGCCGUGUUGCUUGAGUAUGAGAUCCUUUACCACAGAGCAUGGUGCAAAGCAGUGGAUGUUGUAAAGACAGGGUUAUCGGCUUCCAUUCUUCUACGUCACCCCGAAACACGCAAACUAUUCGUCAACUUUGACCCUUCCAUCUGGGAAUUGAUGUCCGAGACGAAAUAUUUCACAAAGAUCGGGCUCGAGAUUCCCGAUCCUGCGUUCAGGCUUUGCCUCAAAGAAAAUGAGAUUAAUGGGCACAGGAACAACUUAACUGUGAUGAUCCGAACAUUCGAAGACAUGACGGAGGGGAUCUCCCCUUUAUUGAGCCCGCUGCUCAAACCAUUUGUAUCAAGAGUGGAGGGGAAGAUUCAGAUAGGGCUGACCCAACUCAACUGGAACUCGAUGAACAUCGACAAGUUUAUUAAAGAUGUUUAUGUUUCUAUGGAUGAACUCAAACUUAUAAUUAAACGGAUCGAAGACAUCAAGGAAUGUCGUAUCAACAAGGAAUUGGACGAGAUGGGCAUGACAGCGCUGUGUGACAUGCCUAGUGAAGAUGCCGUCACUUGCGAAGGGUUUCUUCAACUUACGGAUGCAGUUAUAGCGACAUCGAGUGCUAGUUUGGUGGCGGGGAGCGCUGCGGUGGAGAAGGCGGUGUUCGAUGUUAUUGAGAUGUUGAAACUUGAAUACACCGAAGCCGAACUCGCACAACUUGAAGCGCAAGCAAAGUCCGAGAACUUCCCCGUGUGGUAUUAUUCAUUGAUGGGCCAUGUUUGCCAGAGGAACACCGACGCACUGGUGAAAUGCACUCGCUUGUCGUUGGACUCGAUCAAGCGUCGGUUGCAACAAUCAAACAAAUACCAAACCUCUCAACUUACGGGGUCCGAUGUUACCAAGAAACCACCGUUGUUUAAAUCGCAAAUCAUUCUAUCGUUGCCGCAGAUUGUGAUGAAACCGAGCCUCGACGAAAUACAGGGAAUAUUAAACAAAGCCAUCGAACAAAUCUUAAACGCGACGACCAAUGUUGAGUUAUGGAAACAAGCGGAUCUUCAUUACGUUCAACAACAAAUGGAAGCGGAAGCCAUGAGGAAAAUGGGGGAGGAUAUUAAAACACAGAUCAAACAACCAAAACCAUUGCACAAGCAGAUAAGCGAACACAAAGAUGUUUUGAAAGUUGUCGUUGCUUUGCAUUCCGUCGUCAGUUCGUUGAAGAGUGAUUGUGAAUCGCUUCUCGGGAACUUCAGCGGGUUUAGUGAGAUAUGGCUGGAGGAUCCGCAGCAGAAGAUUGAGGAGUUUGUGGGAUCGACUCCCGUGUACUCCGAGUAUGAGGCGCAGAUAAGGUAUUACCACCGAUUGGAAUCGAAAGUGGAAGAUCUCCCGUCAAGUUACCAAGUUGGCUCCGUCCUGUUCGAAGCUGAAGGGUUGAAACUAGCGUUGCAGCAAGAAUGUAAAGCGUGGAAACGAGCUUUCGGGAACGCACUUAACGAUAAAGCGGGCUCGGAAAUGGACAAUAUUUUCACAUUCAUUGAUUCGCUCAGCAAGAGGAUGGGACGAGGCAUCAACGACCUCGACGACGUGCGUGGGGCGAUGGCCGCAUUACGAGAGAUCCGUGAAGCGCAAUCGAAGAUAGAUAUGACCAUCGGGCCGGUUGAGGAAAGUUACGCGUUGCUUAAUAAGUUGGAACUUGUUUAUAAUGAUGGAAAUGCCGAGAAAGUUGAUGGGUUGGCUUACCAAUGGAAGAACUUGCUUGGAUCCGUUGUGACGACCCAAUCUACGCUUCUUGUUGUCCAACCUGGUUUUAAAACCGACUUAUUGUCGGGUGUGGAGAAGUUUCAUGUCGAUACCAACGAGUUUUAUAAAGAUUAUGAAGACAAAGGGCCGAACAUGCAAGGGAUCCCACCUCGUGAAGCGAGCGAUCGACUCCAAAUAUUCCAAACAAGAUUCGAUGAAUUGUGGAGAAAGUAUCAAACUUAUUCGGGCGGUGAAGAACUGUUUGGACUCGCUGUGACAG